AUGGUUUCAUACGGCUCGUCGCUUUCGUCAUGGGUCUACCUUGCGGACUGGAUCUUGGCGCUUAUUUUGGGGCUUGCGUUCGUGUUCUGGUUCCCCAGGUUGGUGGGGUUUGUCAUUACCCAGCUUCUACGACUCUUGGUUUGGCGCCGUUAUAAGAUCAGAAUCUCGCUAGAUGCGUUUCGAAUCUCACCCUUGGGAGGCAGAGUGACGGCGAGGAACAUUGUGAUUAUGAAUCACGACUAUACCGUGUCGAUACUACGGCUUAACUUGACAUGGAGGUACUGGUUGUUUAGACCUACAAGGGUCCUGGAGUUUUUCUUGCCUCGGGAUCCUGAUCUGGCCGAGGAGAAUGAAGGCGUAACGUCGACGCAGAACGCUAAGCUUGCUAGCAGCUUGCAGCUUCUCUUGGAGGGCUUGGAGGUGUUCAUGUAUAACCGUUCCUUUGCGUAUGACAAUAUCGUGGAAAAGUUGGAGAAGGAGGUGCCAGGGCCACAGAAGGAGGCUGUUAGGACUCACUUUGAGUCGACUUCGUCGUCGGCCACUUCUCCUAAGGAAUCUUCAGAGGCGCCUUCGUCUGAAAGUGACGCUACUAGCAAAGCAGGCUCCAACUCGGUGGGCUUUUUGCUCCAUAUGCUACCUAUAUCCGUUAGAAUCAAGAAAGGUGCUUAUGUUAUGGGUAAUUCAACGACGCCGACUAUCCUUGUGGCUUCGUUUAAAUCUGCCAUUGGCUUAAUUGACUACCACAGCGCUGGUUCCAUCUUCGACAGGUAUAGGACUGUCUACGACCUUAAUAUGGAGAAGUUCCAGGUCUCCAUGAAACCUAAUAUUUCCUAUGACCCUCUGCGGUACUCUUCCGAAGCUUUUGCCAACCGUGGAGGUGUCAAAACUAGACCUAUGCUUUCGCUCCUGAGAUUCAAAAGCGUUUUUAGAAAGCUACUGCUUCGCAGGCUUCUUCGAAAGCAAAAACCAGACCUUAAUGAGGAAUGGCGGGGUCUUCGGCGGUACAUUGACGAUUUCCAGGACGAACGGUUGAUGAAUUUGGCUACCAUCGAGGAGUACGCCAAAUACAGUGUCCUCUUGGAUUCUGUAUCUACCCAGAUGAUCUAUUACUAUGAUGUGCCCGGCCCUACCACCCCAGAAUCACUUCAAAAGAACCCUCCUAAGUUUGGCGUGGAUUUGAUCUUAUCCAUGGCCACCCUUCACUAUGGUCCCUGGGCCGAAAGGCAACGUGGACCUCUUCAUGCAUUAUUUUUCCCACCAUUAUGCCGUGACAGUACACCUUCUCCUACAAGGGAGCCAUGGGGCUGCUUGCGUACUUACGACGGUUUUGAUUUCAGCAUCACUGUGAAAGAUGAGCUUAUCAUACGUACUCCAACUAGGGAGUUGAGUAAGGAUAGAGAGGAAUUGGCUCAUUAUACUUCUUCUAAAGGUAACCAAAAAAUCACCAGGCCCUUCGGCUGGAUUGAGCUUAAGGUUGGUGGCACCUCCAAGAUCACUUCUUUCAAUUCUUACAAAGCGUUUGAAGAUGGCUGGCCCAACAGAUUGAACUGCUUUUUCUCCCGACCAGAGAUGCGCUCAUCAGUUAAUCACGAUGUUUUCUUCAUUGCUGACGAACAUACUAUAGACUGUGACUUUAGCUUCCCUCUCAAGUGGAAUGGAAAGACCAUGUGGACGUUCGACAACAAGAGUAAGAAUGCUCAGUUAUUCUUCUUGAGGGAUCACGCUUUCUUGUUCACCGACUUGAUAUCCGACUUUGGUUCCGGUACACCUGCUCCAUAUGAACAGUUCAAGGCAUUCGAUUAUAUUUUCAACUGGGAUAUCGAGGAGUACCGGUUACAUUUCAACGUGAACGAUCACAACAUUAUCAACAAUGCAUUGGAUCUCAACAACAACAAGUACAUUUGCUUCCAUGGUGGAAAUCUUGGGAUUCACUCAACUAUCCCGCUUUUGGGAAACUUUUCUAAGAGCACCACUAUCGACUUCAGAUUAUUUACAGAUUCUUUAAAUCUUUCUCUUGAAGUACCUCCUUGGCAUACGGCUAGCUCGUUUCUCAAGGGCAACAACAAGAUGGGUCAAACUGAUAACUUCGAAGUGACCGGAAGCUAUACCUUUUACCGCAACAUCGAGAUCAACUACAGCAGUUAUGCGUCUAUCAAUGCAAUUGGCGAUAAUAUCACGCUUCUGUUCUUUGGAUAUUUCAUAAGAUACCUCUUUACGUUUCGUGAGAACUACAUGGGUGACUUCAAGCACUUUAAGACUUUCGAAGAAUACACUCACGGGGCGAACUUGGGCUAUCAGGAUGAUUCUGCUGCAUCGCUUAGGUCCAUGGCAAGUAAUGAAGGCUCAGUGAAGGAGAAGGAAGAAGAAGGUGACCCAGCAUACUGGAAUGAACUCAAGACUGAAAACGAUCUUAACGUCGAAUUCACUUUCAAGGCUAGAAAUGGUCUCAUUCUCUUGCCAUGCAAUACCUACGAUCAUGUUAGUAACGUUGGAUUAACUUUCGAUUAUCUUGAUGUCGACAUUCAUUUGUGCCAUUUCUAUAUGGAUCUUCAGGCGGACUUUAGUCCUGUUACAGGCUACCAUCUCACAAAUGAAACACCUGGAAACUAUCAUGGUUUAAUCUACAACCUUGACGAGUAUAAGAGGGUUGGUGAAGCGAAAGGAUGCGACAUAAUCAUUGACAACUUCCAAGUCCAUACCCAUAGAAUGCUUGGUCUCGCUCCUAGUCUUCUUACUUAUCACUGUAAGUGGGAUUUCUCAUGUGCUUCGUUCAUUUUUGACACUCAUCCAUCAUGCUUAGCUGGAAUCAAGCUGUUCUUUGUUAAUUUUAUUUCUGGCUUCAAGGACUUGGAAAAUACGUUCAUUUAUGAGAUUCCGUUGGUGUUUGACAUGGCUAAUUUCACGUUUAGGUGUGACGAAAUUAUAGUGAAGCUUGAUACUGGUGUUCCUGAUACUAUCUUCAAAGUUGGCCUUGAUGACGUCCUCAUUGCUUUCACCGAUAGAGCGAACGAGCGGUAUAGUUCUAAAAUCUGUGUUUCGAUGCCCAAGAUCACGGCAGAAGUUUCGAGUCCAAAGACAGAAUACCAAUUUUACCUCGUGACUUCCUUGAUGCUUACUGACAUCUGCCUUAAAGCUUGGCCAAAUGACUUUAGAAGGAACCAACAGGCCUGGGCCCGAAGGAAUGAUGCACCUACCCACAGAAUACCUUAUUUGAUUAACGAGGAGACGAAAGAUGCUGUUUACGACAACGCUUAUGGAUGUCUUCCUACAAGUGUUAGUCUUCCUCAUGGGUCGAUUCCACUUACCGACGAUUUCUAUCUUGUAAGAGAAACAAGGGGUUAUGAUGAUGACUUGCCAUCUGUCGAUUCGCAGGGCUCCCUCUGUGGGUAUGAAUCAAAUGACAGAAUUGAGCCAACGACAGAUUAUCACGAAGAGGACUUUGCACCUCAAACAGAGCAGGAACCGGGACACAAGACUGAUACUUUUGUUUUAGAGUUCGAAACCAUCGACGGUUUCUUUAGUCCUCCAGCUCUUGCAGCAUUCCAAGGGUUGGCUGAAGGCUUCGACAUCCCGGAUAUCGAGCUUUUGCUAGACGUUUUGCAGGCCAAGACAGUGAAAGAUAUCAAGAUGUUUAUUACUCCCUUGAGUAUGUGUGAUAAUGUUCGGUUUGUUGCGCCUGAGAUCAACUUCAGAAUUACCGAGCAGCCUGUCUUUUCUCCAAGUGAUGUUUUAUGUCACUCUCCAAAGAUUCCUGUGAUUACUCUCAAUAUCGAGGAGCCAUCUAUUGCAUUCACCAAGCUUACCACUAGAAUCAGGGAGACACAUAAAAUACGCACAGAGGAGCCUUUAGCCAUGGCGGUUCACAUGAAGAAUAUCUAUUGUUUCGUUCGUGACCCUCAGUCAUUCUCUCCUUCUGCAAGCUUCACAAUCGAGGAUGUCGAAGCAUGGCUAUCGAAGGAUUUCAUCGAGGGACUCACAUCUUCAGUACUGUUCCAGGAUAUGAAGUUAUCGCUUGUCCAAGCAGACAUUCCAUGGCUCUUUUCUUUCGCCACCAAAAUGGCUGAAGGUUUCGAGGCAGCUAAGCAUCCUUCUCUGAAAGACUCCACACCAAUCAGUGUUCAAAAACUCAUGUAUUUGAUCGCUAAUGUUGCAAAAACUUCCGGCUUGGAGCACGAUCCAACUGUUCUUACCAAACCUUCGAGUAUUCUUCGUUCGUGUGAUGAGCAUGUCAGGUUUUAUGAAGGCUGGAAGUUGGUGACAAAGUUUAGAAGUAUUGUGGAUAGGUUGCCCCAUGAAGAGUACGUUCGUUUGAGUAACUCGUUGAAGGAUCCCGAGUGGAAGGUUCCUGACAAUGCCAGAGAUGAGAUUGCCACCGUUUUCAGUACAUGGAGAAGUUGGGAGCAGCUUGAAGCUCGGAGGAAUAACUUUCUCUCCCAAUUCUUCCCAGAUAAGCUGGAAGAACCUGAAAAGCCUCUGAAGGUUCACUUUGAGACCUCCAAGUUGGAGAUUGAGAUCAUUGAACCACAAGGAGCACGCGAUAACUUCCUUAUACAAUCUGCGAGGGUCAUCUUUCAUAAGUUUCCAACACCUGGUGGGGCUCCAAAGACAGUGGUUUUAUUUGAUAUGGAUGCCAUUGAUGGUUCCUUCUCAAAGAUUUGUUUAGAGACGGUGAAGACGUUGAGUGUUGUCAUUGGAGACAAUCUCAAGUGCAAAGACCAAGAGCAGGAAAGUCACGAUGCUGCAAGCAAAUCUCCAGCGGAACAGACGACCAUAUCAACCGCUCGAGCUUCAGACGAGAAUCCGCUUUUCUUCUUGUUUGUCUCUUUGAAGCUUGCUCACAUAAAGUUCGCUUUACCUAAUACCUUCUUCCAAUUUAGUACUUAUGAGAACUUCAAUGGCUUCCAGAAAAUGGGCACUAGUUUGUGUUUGGCUUCAAGUGCUAGGGAGUACAGUUUGGUCUUCGGACGGGAUGAGAUGCAUCAUCUUGAUUUCACGUUUAACGACGCCAACCUACUGGUAGCUCACGCAGGAAGCUUGUCAAGUAAGAUACAUCAAUUGGAUUUCAAGUUAGAGAACUGCGAUAUUAAGGUUCUUGAUUGUGAGGGCGAGUUGCUUGAAACGAUACGAUUAUUCUUGGAGGAGGAUUUGAAGUUGGUGAAGGAGCAGUUUAAGUCUGAAAGUGAACCUAAAACUGAGGUAGCGAAGCCAUCUAAGCCAUUUAGCCUUUCGCUGUUACCAGACUUCCACGCCAACUUUGAGUUUAACCAUAUUGCCUUUGACAUCCAGGUAUUAUGUCCCUUGUUACUACAGAUUACCAUCUUGAAGGACAAGACUUCGUUAAGGCAUCAAAAUGGAACUGUGAGCUUUUUAUCCAACUAUCAGAAAUUCUUGUUUGACCUUAAGAUGAAUGAUUUCCCCCUUUUGAGAGUUGAGGAUACCCAUUUGCAGACUUCACAGAAGCUCACCCAGCUCGGUGAUUUAUGGGCAAUUGAUAGUAAUUUGAAUCUUGGCUACGUUAAGUUCACUAACUUGAACGUUACUAACUCGCUUCAUGAGGUGUUGAAGAACUGGACGCCACUUAAUGAGAGGAUAUCAAACAUCAAGCUGCUUGUCCCGGCUGAGCCUAAAAAGCCGCCGUCAAAGCCUCUGCCUACUAAGUCGGAUCCCUUCGAUAAGCUUGCCCUCAGGUUGAACCUCAAACAAGAGAACUUGACCAUAUCUACUUUCAAAGAACAGUGCAGGUACACCUUGGACUUUGAGGGAGUGUCGUGGUCAGCUUCCAAUGUCCAUAAGAGCGCCAACGGACUCGUAAGUCGGUGUCUUCUCUUUGGCGACUUCUCGAUACCUGUUAUGCGAAUUAGUGUCUUGGAUCCAACUAUUCCAGUUGGAUUGUCCAACAUGCUUGACUUGAAUAUCACGGCAAAGAUCUUGAAUGAUAAUCCUGAAGAUGAAGCAUCCGACCAUACCCGGUCACUCCAAAUUGAAUCUGAGCAUAUCAGAAUCUGUCUCAGUCCGUUGGUGCUUUUCAAGAUUGUGGACUUGGCAGAUCUGGCCACUAGGGUUUAUGGAAGCUACGACCUCAGCCUGCCAACGGUUCCUCAAAUUGAAGCUGAAGAAUCGGAUGGCAGUCCAGAGCCACAGCCUGAAGCGCCUGGAGAAAAGCAGUCUCGUCUUAAGUUCUCGUCAGUUCAUGUUUUGUUUUAUAACUUCUGUCUCGGUUGGCUUUUUGGGUCUACGCAUAAGGAUUACCCAGGUUUGAUCUUGGGUGCCGAAAGAAUCUUUGCUGUUACGAAGCAUGAAUUAGGAAAGCUAAGCUUGAUGGAAGGAUAUCUCUCGGCUGCAAAUGGCAACACUAGCUCGAGUUUCUACAGUAUACUGUCGGAGCUUAAUAGUUUGAACCGUGCGUUCAUGCCUAAAAUGCAAUUCAACUAUUGUAUUACGGAUGAUAACGAGCUUUGGGUUGAUCUUAAAGGUGAUGAACUCGAUGUACGUUUCAUGUCGAAUUCCUUGGUCAUGGUGGAGAGAACGGUUAAGUCAGGAUCAGAGGUCCAGGAAUUCUUCCAAGGUCGUUCGAGAUCUUUGCAACGCAGAAGAUCUUAUAAGGAGCAGAUUCCUCAGAAGCCGAAGAAGAAGUCAACUACACCUUUCAAGUCGCCUUUCUCAUCCGUGCAAACCAACAUAUCGUUUGCUGGAUCAAGAGUUCUUUUCUAUCGUUUACAGGAAGAGAACUUGCUGGAUGUUCCUCCAUCUCUUUCCUUGCAAUCACCAUCCGUCAACCUUGCUGUCUACUAUAAGCACUUGAAGGAGAGAAAGACUAAGAGGCAUAAUGUCAGGUUUGAGAUUCUCAUGAAGCUGUCGGACAACACAGUAUACUCUUCAUGUGUACCUGUGAUCAUGGACUUUAUUGAAGCGUCGAAACUGAUGCUUAGAAAUAGCAAGCAGGAAGAACCAGAGAAUGAAGUUUCUGAUGAAAUGCCGGCACCGCAAUGCAAUGAAGCUGGCUCCAAUAUUGGAAAUAUCUUGCAAGAUAUUGACUUCCAUGUGGGUAUCAUCAUCGAAAAGCAACGUUUAUCUCUCAGUUGUGAACCCACAGCAAAGGUCGCUGCAGUUGUUGAAUUUGAAGGAGCGUCUGUACUGGCUGCCAACAACAUUAAUGAUGCAGCUACCAUCGAUGCCAUGGCACGUUUGGACUCCAUUGGAGCUUCUUUGCAGCAUAUUUAUUCUGACGAGAGAAGUGGUUUUAUUGGUAUCAAGAGUAUCAUGGUCUCUAAUUCCAUCACCUUUGACGAGACAGUGAACGUUGUUUCUUCAGGUUCGAUUUCUGAUGUCACAGCUUACGUCAAGAUGAAACAAUACCAGGAUGUUGAUUUGUUCAGGGACAUCUGGUAUCCUAAGAGAUACCACAACACCAAGAGGCAACCACCUUCGAAGUUGACAACAAAGAGAUCACAAUCCAAGAUGAGAGAAGUGUCUUCAACGUACGCGAUUCCAUUUUCACUUACGUAUAUCCUAUCAAAUGUUGAUGUCGAAGUUGAUUUUGGUGUUGCAUUGGGUGUGGUGAUGCUUAACGUGGACAAGGGAUGGGUGGUGUCCAGAAAGACUUCAGAUUGGUUUUACGAUAUGAACUUUGGCUUACACGAAAUGCAUGUUGGAUCCCGUGGUCGUUUGGGCGGAUACGUGAAGUUAGAGAAGGCCAACGUUCGUUCAAGCAUUGAAUGGAGAAUGAAGGAGCUUCCAUUCCUUGACGUUCCAUUGGUCAAGUUCUCUGGUGGAUUUGAAAACUUCACCUUCAAGCUCGCCUUUGACCAGCAUCUCUUUGCAGUUGGAAACCUCGAGAAGUGGCGUAUUGAAGUCUACAACAGGAAGAAUGGUAUCAACAUUCUGAAGGACCAUUUGUAUGUGAUGAUCCAGUACAGGGCCACAGAAAUCUUCCUCACGUCGCUUGCAGCAUCUGAUUUCCACGAUAUUUUCAGCACGAUGUCUAGAAUGAUGGAUGAGAAGAGAACUUCUUACAAGGAGAUUUUGAAUGAUUCUAGUAAGGACCAGAUGCAUGACCAAGACCAUGUUCCUAUGAAUAAACUCUUGGAGGUUGUGAAGAAGUUAGAGACCAAUAUUGAGGUGAGAACUGGAAGCACUGCUAUUCAGGUUUAUCCACAGUCGUUUGAUGACAGCCGGGUCCUUUACAUUCAACUCGACAAGUCUACUGCAAGUUUCUUCCAGAACGAGUAUACCUUGGGUGUUUCCAAUGAGAUUGAGCUUAAGUUUAACAACUUGACAACCUCUCUUUCAACAGCAGCAGGUAUCACGAAGGAAAGUAUUGACGCUUUCUCGGUUCCCGAAUUUGCAGCAUAUGCCAGGAAAGCAAAGGGAGGAACGAUCUUCCUUUCGCCUAAGUUCAUGAUUUCCAUGCGUACCUUCCAAAGAUACAACAGCAAUAUCAUUGAAUACCUUUUCCAGUCGUCGUUUGGAGGUACAGUUGAUGUCAGAUGGAAUCUUGGAUCGGUCAACUGCGUUAGAGAAAUGUAUGCUGCCCACAGAAGAGCAUUUGCUUCUCGUACAGAAUACUCAACCAGUACAGUUGGUGCUUUGAGAGACAAGAAGGAUAUUGAAAAUGCGGUUCUCGGUGCUGACGUGCCUGACGAGGGUCCCGAAGAAGUGUUUGACUCGGAGAAUGCCCGCAAGGAUAUUGAUAGAGAUAUUAACGAGACGUUUGAAAAAGUCGCUAAGGAUUCCAAGUUUUCUUAUGUGCCUUUAGCGCCUCCUAUCAUCGAAGCUCCUCGACUCAAAGAGCUCGGAAACGCUACACCACCGCUCGAAUGGUUUGGUCUUCACCGAGAUAAGUUCCCUGAUGCCACACACCAGUUGGCGAUUGUCACUCUACAGAAGCUUAUUCACGAGAUCGAUGAUCACUACUCGAAAGCGCUCGGAACGUCCUAA